CGCCUAAUGUUGCGAUAUUUCGUAUUUCUCCCAAAAUGCAGUUGGUGACAUUUAUCUGUCGAUAGAUGGCGCCAUCGUGCAGAAAGCGAUCAGCUGAUACCAGCUGAUAUCGCAUAUCGCACGCGUCGUGUUGCAGCUCUACGAGUUGCACGUUAUUUAUUAAACGUUAUAAAAUGUUAUAUCGUUACAAGUAAUCCGCGAUUGAUCGGGCGCGUAAAACCGUACGCAUCUCUACGUUUUUUGACUCGAAUCUGGUGAUAAGACGAGACGAAACGCGUCAGCCUGCAGAUCUGUGGUGCUUGCGAGGUUAUGUAUGUCAGAUAUCACCAGCGUCUCGCGUAUCCCUCGUCCUCGGGCCGCGACGAAAAUCAACGUAUUAAUGAAUCCUACUAGUGAUUCUGCGAAUCAUCAGUGAAACAUCGACGGCAAGGACACGAAAAUGGCGGAUUAUUGGAAGUCCCAAGGCCGCAAGUUCUGCGACUUCUGCAAGUGCUGGAUCGCCGAUAAUAAACCGAGUAUCGACUUCCACGAGGGCGGCAAGAAGCACAAGGAAAAUGUCAGUAAGCGGCUCAAGGAGAUUCAUAAGAAUAGCGCAAAGCAGGCAAAACAGAAUAAAAAAUUUGAGGAUGAUAUCAAGAAGAUGGAAAAUGCGGCUAUGGCUGCGUACUUGAGGGAUGUCGAGAAUAACACGCGAGAUAUGACUGCUCAGAAAAUCAUGAAAGAGAAACUGAACAGGGUAGAAACAAAAGAAACGCCUCAAAAUUGCAAUCGUAUGCCGUCAGCCGCCCCAGAGACUGUACCAAGAUUCAAAAGCAAUAACGAACAGUUCUCGCCGAAAGUGGAUCCUUGCGACCCUACAACUUUACCAAAGGGCGUUCCAUCGUUUCCACGAGUCCAGCAGCACGGCGGCGAGAACAGGACUCAAGGGAAGAGCAAGGCGAACAAAGGGAAGGGAAAAGGGAAGAAAACCCAGGAGGAUGAUCGUCCAACCGCAGCCGUCAGAAAACUAUGGUACGAGGCUCGCAGUCCCGAAGGAUACACUUACUAUUGGCACAUUGAAACGAACGAGUCGGUUUGGGAGCCUCCGGAGGAAGGUUACAUGACUUUCGCGGAGCAAGAAGAGGAAGCAAAGGAGGAGACGCUUCAGAGAGAGCUCAUGGAACAAUUGGAUAAAGAGGAAGUGUCUGAGAAGACGGAUAUUCUUGAGGAACAACGAGCCAACGUCGAGAGGGAGAAGAUGAAAGAGUUCAGGAAACGACCCGUUGAAAACGACGCUCAAGGUGACGACAAAAGUGUGGAAAUAAAGAAUGUGGCUGCCGAAGAGGAACGACCUUACUGGCGAGACUACAGUGUGCCCGAGAGACCGCAGCCUUACGGAUCCUGGCAAGUCGUGGAUACAAGCAAAAAGAAACCAAUAGAUCUCCAGUUACCAAAGCAACAAAAGCAGAUACAGCUACCCACGUUUACGAAGUUCGAGCCACCGCCACUGCAGAGAACUUUUAAAGAAAAAACUGUCACGCAAAUUAGUACCGGUGAUAGUGAUGAUGAAGAGGCAUCGACUAUCUUUAAAAAGAGAAAGAUUAGUAACAAGAGCGUGCGAAAAAGAACGACUGAUGAUUGAUCGACAAUAUUAAUUUAUGAAAAAAGGUGAUAUAAUUUUUUAUUAUUUGGUUUAUUUUGAGGUAUUUAAAAAAAAGGACAAUUAAAUAUUAUUAAAUUAGUUAUUAAGUUAGUAAUAUUUGAGAGUCUUAGGUUUGUAUUUGUAUAAGUUUAGAGUCUUCAAUUAUACAUAUUUUACUAGAAAAGCAUGUAAAUAAAAAAAUCAUACUUUGUAAUCUACACAAA